GCGCAGUGGGCUUUUCCGCGCCAUUCCAAACAUGGCGACUCCGCUGGGCGGCAUGUUCUCCGGGCAGCCACCGGGGCCCCCGCCACCAGGGUCUGGACUCCCGGGCCAGGCUUCGCUUCUUCAGGCAGCGCCAGGAGCUCCGAGAAGUUCUAACAGUACCUUGGUGGACGAGUUGGAAUCAUCAUUCGAGGCUUGUUUUGCUUCUCUGGUGAGUCAGGACUAUGUCAAUGGCACCGAUCAGGAAGAAAUUCGAACUGGUGUUGAUCAGUGUAUCCAGAAGUUUCUAGAUAUUGCAAGACAAACAGAAUGUUUUUUCCUGCAAAAAAGAUUGCAGUUGUCUGUUCAGAAGCCAGAUCAAGUUAUCAAAGAGGAUGUCUCAGAACUGAGGAAUGAACUGCAGCGGAAGGAUGCGCUGGUGCAGAAGCACUUGACCAAGCUGAGGCAUUGGCAGCAGGUGCUGGAGGACAUCAACGUGCAGCACAAAAAGCCAGCCGAGAUCCCCCAGGGCUCGUUGGCCUACCUGGAGCAGGCGUCUGCUAAUAUCCCUGCCCCUCUGAAGCAGACCUGAGGCAGCCUUGGACAGACAGUUCUGCCUCUCGGUCCACCUUUGGACUUGGAAUUGGGAAGCACUCUUUGCCAGAGAAUGAGAUAAUUCUGGUUUUAUGCUCCCAAUUAAAACUUCCCCCUAUUUUUAUAAAUUGUUAAUUUCUUGCAUACUUUAUAAAAAGGCUGUAGCUUAGGAAAGUACUUUUAUUUUUGUCUUGUGCAAAGUUGAGACAGUGUGAUGACACUGCAGACUCUUAACGAUUUUUUUUUUUUGUAUUUUUUGUAUGACUUUUCAUCCUCUUUACAUUUGUUAAGUUAGUUUAUGUGAUCUGAGAAAAAGAAUUACUGUAGUCUGAGAAUCAGGGGAAAGGGGUUUUGCUUAGGCCUUUUAGGAUAAUUUCUCCUCAGGCAAUUUAGAAACAUAUCUAAAUUGUGUUCAGACUUUGAACUACCUCAAAAAGAGGAAUCUAAUGCAACCAAGUCUGCAAUGCUUCCGGAGUGUUACAGAAGUUGGUAUUUUGUAAAUAGGUCAGAAGAGGAUUAAAUACCCUAGGUUAGGGUUGUAAUAUUCCAGGGGUCCUUAAGUUCACUCUGGCUUUUAUGUGGGGUGUGUUUGUGUUUAGUGUGGUGCAUACUUUCAUUGGGAGAGGAUGUAGCAGGAGCAGUGAGAUGCUGGGUUUUGACAAGCUCUGCAGAAGUCAGUGGAGAUAACGGCGGAUCCUGUUCUUGCAGGGGAAGUAGCAGGGGUUAAAGCUUACUCUGAUAGUCGUUUAGUUUGAGUUUUGUUUGCUGUGUUCGUGUUUUACUUUUUUGGAGCAAAGACAGUUUCUAGAAAGCUUUUUGCUUGUGAAUUUAAUUUUAAGGGGAUGGGACUUAGGACUGAGGGCUGGGCCCCAGGGUGAUCCUCAGCCUCUGAGCCUCCCCAAAGAGCUGUGGAGCCUCUGUGCUAGGGAGACAUUUUCCCCUCUUGUUGAAUGGGCUUUUCCUUUCCCUGAUGUAUAGAAUCUCUUAGUGGUUGUGUCCCUCCUCCCAAACGUAGACUGCGCUGUCUUCUGGGCUGAGUCUUAGCUGUUUUGUUCUCCCUGGCUUUGAAUGCUCACUGGUUUCCCACCUGGCCCUGGGGCCCUUUCCUGCAGCCUAGGGCGCAGGACUUUGACCUCUUCCCUUGCCCUUGCCCGCUUCACUCUGGGAGGUUAAGGUUGAAUCAGUGUCUGUGGGUCGAUCCUUGAAGACCUGUUGGAGUUAGGUAUUAGUCCCAUGUAUGAUUUAUCAUUGACACAUGAUACUCACUACUUAGUUUUCUGGUGUGUGCGAUGUUUAGCCCUUGGCUCUGAUACCCAGCUGAAGCCAGUGAAUCCCUUCAGUUAUAAACACAGCUUUUACAAGUCAUUUUUGCUUACACUCUAAGAGGGUUAACCUGGUCAUCUCAAAGCUAAUUAGGAACUCUGAUUGGCAGCUUUAAACUUCUUGAUUAAAAACUUAAAGUAUUAGUCCUUAGUAAUAAAGGUGCUCCUCAUGAAAAGAUUUGAGAAUGAUGCUGGUUGGUGCUUAGUGAAAAUACUUUGAACUAAUGUAUGUGCCAGUUAUUGCCACUUCUUUAUUAUAUUGCCAUUUCUGUAUUGUAUUGAAAAGUUUUCUUUUAAAUAAAUAGCAGUUUUUCCAUGUU